CCGUAUCGAUUAUCCUCGUUUACCUCGUGUGACAACCUUCUCUUAAUAACAAACGCACAAUAAGGGAGUAAAGAGCAAGAAUUACAUAUAGGAAGAGCCUCAACACGUGAAACAAUGUCGGCGUCUGUCAGAAUUUCAUGAGUCUCCGUUCUUCUUACUUGCGAAAAAAUGACAUUCCGGAUGUAGCAAAUUACACUUAUAAUUCCAAUUCAGUAACAAUUAACUGCCUAUUACUGUGAUUGCACAAUGAAUUAUUUAUGACUUUAUUAUGAGGGAAUUGUCGUAAAAAUGCAUAUAUAUUUCGCAUUGGGGUUGAUACAAUAUAUAGGUGUAUGUGUACAACUUUGACAUACAUGUAAUUUUAGUGUAUAGAAGACUAUCUAUUCGUGAAAUUUCUGUAUUAUAUAUCAAAGAGUUGAUCAGCAAGUGAGAGCCGCAAUAUGGACUCUGCAACCGAGCUGGAACAUAUAGAGAAACUAGCGAAGGAAGCAGAAUGUUUAAAGAAACGCUUGGAGGAUGAACGACAAAAGUUAAAUGAUAUUACACUUGCCAGUGUAGCAGAUAGACUUGAAGCAAUUAAUUGUAUAAAUGUAAAACCUAGACGUAUUUUAAAAGGUCAUCAAGCCAAAGUUUUAUGUUCUGAUUGGUCUCCUGAUAAGCGUCAUAUUGUUUCUUCUUCACAGGAUGGAAGAAUGAUUAUAUGGGAUGCCUUUACAACAAAUAAAGAACACGCAGUCAGUAUGCCAACCAGAUGGGUGAUGGCAUGUGCUUAUGGUCCUAGUGGUGAUUUAGUUGCAUGCGGAGGUUUGGAUAAUAAGGUUACAGUAUAUCAGUUAAGUCUGGAGGAUGAUGUUGCGGCUCACAAGAAGACUGUUGGUACACAUACAUCAUAUAUGUCAUGCUGUGCAUUUCCUAACAGCGAUCAGCAGAUUUUAACAGGCAGUGGAGAUAGCACAUGUUGUUUGUGGGACGUAGAGAGUGGACAAUUGUUACAGAGUUUUCAAGGACACUCUAGCGACGUGAUGUCUAUCGAUCUAGCACCAAGUGAAACUGGGAAUACAUUUGUGUCAGGUGGUUGUGACAAACUUGUCUUAAUUUGGGAUAUGCGUAGUGGUCAAUGCGUCCAAAGUUUUGAAGGACAUCAAUCCGACGUUAAUUCAGUAAGAUUUCAUCCAGGCGGCGAUGCAGUGGCAACAGGUUCGGACGAUGCUACUUGUCGGUUGUUCGAUUUACGUGCUGACAGAGAAGUUGCGGUAUAUGCAAAAGAAAGUAUAAUAUUCGGAGCAAACGCAGUUGAUCUCAGUAUAAGUGGGCGCUUACUCUUCGCCGGAUACAAUGAUUAUACAGUGAAUGUGUGGGAUACUUUAAAGUGCCAACGAGUGGCACUGUUAUAUGGGCAUGAAAAUCGAGUUUCGUGUUUAAGGGUUUCUCCGGAUGGUACUGCCCUGUCUACUGGAAGCUGGGACGCGACUUUGCGAGUUUGGGCUUAGCUUCAUGACAGCUACUACUAUUUUAAACAUGUUGAGAUAUUCUUG